AUGACCGCCAUGCUCUAUCCUGGGGUUAUCUUCAUGGUCUUCUUUGUGCUCAACCUUUUCAUUUGGGGGCAGAAGUCGUCAGGGGCAGUCCCAUUCACGACGAUGUUCGCAAUUCUGGUUCUUUGGUUCGGCAUCUCCGUGCCCCUAGUCUUCUUGGGCUCCUAUUUUGGUUUUCGGCGCGAGUUGAGGGAGCUCACAGCCACCAAAAUGAGCACGAGUGCAUGCAGGCUCCUAACUGCUGAUGGUCAGCCUCUUGCCAAAAUCGACGCGGCACCGGAAGGCAGCACCCUGACGGCUGUCGCCAUCUCCACCACCGGCCUGCUGGAGAUCGUGGGCCUGGUGGGUGACCCGUUCGACGCAGUGCCGGUUCCGGAGCUGGAGACGAUGGCGCUGAAGGUGGCAUCUAGACUGGCGAGCGUUGCAUGCUGGUUUGGUGGACCCGGGCAUUUGGAAGGCUAUCCAACCGUUCCCUGGCCAUUUGAGACAGUGGCAGCACCUGCUCAGUUCUCAUCCCCGCGGGGCCCUGCAAAGAAGGCUAUGCAGGUCACUCCCAAGACUCCGGUGGUCCACGCCGGGGUUGAAGUGGUUUUCACCGUGCCGGAGGGCUCCUUGGUGCCCAAUGUACUGGAGGACUUCAUUCCGGAAGAGAACCUUACGGUGCGAGACAUCAUCAAACUCCGGGAGAAACACGACAGUGUAUGCCAGGAAAGACGUCGCGAGCUGCUGGCCACAAAGCCUGGCACGGAUGUCGUGGAGGCAGAGAUGUCCGUGAAAGAAUAUGGCCUGGGCCGCGUGCAUUUUGUGCUGGGGUACAGCUGCGUAAACGAUGAGGACCGAGGACGAUCGGUGAUUGUAUUUGCAGAAUCGUUUCUUCCCACAUUGGCUCCGCCUGAGCCUCCCAUGCUUCUAGCAGUCCACUCGCAGCCGGUCGCAGCAGAAUCGCGUGUCCGAAGCUGGGCUCGGUCCUUUGCCGUUGUCCCUUUUGCCCCUCAUUGGGCCAAAGCGAAGCCGAGAAGGGAGCCGCUCGGUCGCAGCGCGAUCCGCGCAGCCGUCUUAUCAUUGCCCUUCGUGCUUCGGAUACCGCUGCUGAUCGUGACAAAGCCAAGGUUAAGUGGACUUGACAAGAUGCCGGGCUCAACAGCUGCCCAAUCGAUUGGCAGCUUGAAAAGCCAAUCCAAUCGGUAUCGCACACUAAACACAAAUGCCGACAUCGACGAAACGCUGUUCGGAAAUGCUCACAACAAGACCAUGCCCAAGCAAGGUGAUGGCAAGGAAGUCAUGAUCGUUGGCAAGGACACGGUCAUGGUUCGAAAAAGGUAUGACAGGCAUAAUGCGAAAGCCAACCCCAAGGAGCAAGCCGUUGUCAUCGCGGCAUCUGAGCUCAACCGCUUGCGUGAGAAUGCAAAACUCCUCAGCAAGGAAGAGGAAAUCGAGCAGAAGAAGCGCGAGGAGGAGGCCUUGGCCGAGCGCCAAGCGAAGUCCAUCGCGAGAAAGGAGAAGAUCAGGCAAAUGGAGGAGGAGCGAAAGAGAAAUGCCAUUCAAGCUGAGACGGCCAAGGAUGCUCGAGGAGCCAAAGGUGGAGUGCUGGAGCGGGCCAAGCAGAUGCUGGACGAGGACAUGGACGACGUCAAGCACAUGAACCAGAUGAUGCUCUACUCCAAGAUAGUGACUAUCCGUGAUGCGCAGAUUCAAGAGAAGCGCAUGGUUCAAGCCGAGAAGGAGGAAGAGGAGCGACACCUCGAUGCCAUGAUGGAGAUAGAGCGCCUCAAGGCUCUGAAAAUGUACGAGGUUCGAGAGCAGGAGCGGAUGCAGUCGCAGCGGGCCGGUGCCAAGGUGAUCAUUGAGCAGAUCAAGGAUCGACAAGCACAGCGAAUGAAGGAGGAGGAGAGCAGAGACCAGGAGCGAUCCUUUGUGCUGAAGCAGAUCGAGUCUCUCAAGGCUGAGGAGGUAGAGCAGCAGCAGCAGAAGAAGCUGGCGGCUGAACGGCUCAUGCAGGAGGUCAAUGAAGCCAAUGGAGCCGCCAUGAAAAUCAAAGAGGAGCGCAUGCUCGCUGAGAAGCUUGAAGAGCAGAAGAUCAUCGAAUACCAGGAGGCCAAGGAGCAGCGCGAGCGCGACCUUGAGGCCGAGAAGUCCCGGCUGGCCGCCGAUAAGGAGAGAGAAACCGCCAGGCUGAGGGCAAUGCAGGAGAAGGCUCAGGACAAGGCAGCAGAAAUGGAUGCACUCCGGGCAAAGAGAGCCAUGGAGGCAGCUGAGAGGGCUGCACGCCAGAAGGAGGCAGCAGAGAAGCAAAAGCAGGAUCGCAUGAACGCCGAUCUCAAAGAGGCGCGCUUCCAGCAGCAGGCAGAGAAGGAGCGUCGCUUGGGCGAGCAGGCGAAGUUCGAGCGCGACGAGUUCGAGCGCAUCAUCGAGGUGCAGAUGCAGCAGGAGGAGGCUGAAAGACAACGACAGGGUGAGGAGCACCACAUGCGCCUCCAGCACGCUCAGGAGCUCCGACAUCAGAUCUCGGCACGAGAAGAAAAAGCUUACCAGGAGCGACGUGACUUCCUUGAAGAGGGGAACUCCGUACGAGCAUCCAUCGGCAACGAGCGCAAGAAGUUAGAAAAGAUCAAAGCUCGCAAGAUCGAGGAGCUCAAGAAGAGCGGCGUCCCCGAGAAGUACUGGGCAGAGCUUGCAAGGAAGAAGAUCUCCAUCUGA